AUGUCUACCACGGAAGUCGCGGAAUCGUCUACAAUACCUGAAAAUAUAUCAAAAUUUACGCCAAUUAUUUUCACUAAUGCACCCGAUCAGCCGGAAGAUCAAGUUCUUUCUGCUGGUCGAGAAAAGUUGAAGAAAUGGCUUGGCCGAAUGGUGAGGAUCACAUUGAGGAACAAGUUGGUGUUGGUGGGUAUAUUCAGCUGCACGGAUCACGAUAAAAAUCUCAUAAUCGCGAAUUGUGACACAUUUGUGCCUGGCGAUGUGGAGCCAAUUGCCUAUGGGAAUGUCAUGGUGCCUGGCGAUCAAAUAGUAUCGUUUGCUGUAGAUAUGCCCGUUAGCUCAGAGCUGGAUGAAACAGAACUGAAUCAGUUGCAACCGUCACAGACGAAAAAUAACUCGGAUUAA